UCAUUUAAUUUUACAACAGUUGUGAUAAAAAAUUCUAUAAAAUCCUUCUACUUUUCAGGCUUAAAGGAGAGCAUAUGACAGGAGAUGGAAAAAACAUAGACUAUGUCGCACUGAAAAGUAGUAAAACAUUUGCAGAAUAUAAAGAAAAAUCAAAGGCCUUGGCACAUGUGCAAUUGGAAUCUUUUUCUGAAGAAGAAAAAAUUGCAUUUUGCAUAAAUGUCUACAAUGCUCUCACAAUACACGGCCUGGUGGAAGUAUCAGGCAAAGAUCUUCCUUCUUCUGUGUUGGAUAUAAAACAGUUCUGGAAAACCACAGGAUAUAACCUUGGGGGUCAUGUUUUCAGUUUAGAUCAUAUAGAACAUGGGAUUCUAAGAGGAAACAGGCCCCACCCUGCAAGCCAGGAUAGUCCAUUUAAACAAGACGACCCCCGGCUCAAAUAUGUAGUGAAGACGGUAGACCCUAGGAUACAUUUUGCACUUAACUGUGGAGCAAGGUCUUGCCCAGCCAUCAAUGUGUAUACAGCAGAGAACUUGAACAGUGCCUUAGAUGCUGCUGCCAAGGCCUUCAUAGACCAGGAGGUGUUUGUGAACGUCAAAGUGCGCGAGAUCCGCGUGUCCCGGCUGUUCCAGUGGUACAGAUCCGAUUUUGGCAACAUGGACGUUGAUGCUAUCAGGUGGAUCAGGCCAUAUUUGAGUAAAGAGAAAGCUGAAGAGAUGGACAUUCUUCUGGACGCUCUUGAGGCCUCGGGUGGUGUCAACAUCCAGUACUCAGACUACAACUGGAAAUUGAAUAAAGUUCUUCCAAAACCUUAGAGCUGAGAGAAAAAAAAUUAAUUUACUAAUUAUUAUACGUGAUAGUGCUUGGUUUGUUGUGUCAGUUCAGGUGAUGGUUGGUUUCCAGAGCCUUGUCUUGAGAAACAGACAUGAUUAAAAAUUAUUCAUUUAUUUAUUUAUUUAUUUAUUUAUUUAUUUAUUUAUUUAUUUAUUAUUUUUUUAUGUGUGUGUGUGUGCAUGCAUGCAUGUGGUCUUAGCUCAGUGGAGUCAUUUCUUCCUACUUCUUUCUGACAACUCUAAGUUGUGAGUGGGUAUACAUAUGAGGUGAUACAUAAACUUAAAAGAGACUUGCAAUUGUUUGGUGAUUUUAAUUGAACAAAUUAUUUAUUCAGAUUUUAUACAAGGUCCUAAUGUACCAAGGUGGUUCAGGGACUAGUCUUUGUGAAAAACAAACUUGCUAUCAAUAACAGGUCCCUAAUAUGAUGUUAUUUUGAGUUAGCUUGAUGCUGAAUAAUUCUCAGAUAGAUUUUUUAUUUUCAUAGAUGGAUAGGAUAUUUAUAAAUGUAGUUUUAGUUGUUAAUACUAUAUUGAGUAGUAUUGGGAUGGAACUUGUUUGAUUAAAGUGUGAGAGAAUGGGCGCAGUAAAACUAUCUAGGAGAUGUGAUGGUCUUCUCUAUUCUAGUAUAUCCUUAAAUGAAUUUGAGUCGUUCUUUUAUUGUUAUAUUUAUAAAAAAUACUAUUUUCUUUGUAAAUGAGCAUAGUUUUAUUGAUGUAAAUUAAGCAGCUUUGUAUGUAUAUUGGCUUCUGUAUUUAGCUUCUUUAGGUGUGAGAAAGGCUUAAGAUUAAUUUUUUAUUCAUCACACCAUUUAUUUUAUACUCAAAUCUGAUUCAUUAGUUUUCAAGCUGUUUGUUAUGCUUAAAGGUGCACUCCAUAGGUUUGAAAAUCCCCCAAAUGCUUAUUUUUGCCAUCCACAGCUUUUUAUAAAAUCGUACGUACUGCUUAAAAUUUUUUUCUGGAGCGUACGUGAUGUUGAUAGAUUUAUUGGAGCUUAUAGGAAGAUGGUUGCUGUUAUGACUGGCCAGUCAUUAUAAGUUUAAAUCAACCUUUAUAAAUUUGAUCAAAGGUCGAAUCCAAGUGCAGAGAGGGAUAGAUAAAUGAUUCCCCCCGAGUACGAGACAAUUGCUCAUUUUCCUGGGAAAAUCCAUUUUGGCGGGUAAAUCUCAUGGAGUGUACUCGUACAGAUAACCAUUGGACUUCCACAGUAACCAUGACAACAUACUUGCUCACCUUCAGUCUUAUGGUCCUGGAUGUCUUCCAUUUCCAGUUAUGGUACCCCUUACCAUACAAAUAUUGCAGACAUGAUUUGUUUUUUCCAAUUUCAAUUGGAAAUUUGAUUUUUACCUCAAAAAGUUAUGAGGUCUCCAAACCCCUGGUCUUAAUUUUGUCCGACCUUUUUUCAGAACAACACAAAGUAAUAUCUUGUGUUGAGAUAAGAGCUUGUGUUGCAUGUAAGUAUCAUACUCAUUGCCAUGUUAUUUUCACAUAAUAUACUUUUUCUAUUGUUAUGCAAAAACUGAAAAAGAAUGCAUUAUUUUUUUAUUCAGAAAGGUCUGAGAAGUCAUGAAGACGUAGCUAGAAUCUAUUAGAAGCAUUAAUUAAACUUGUGUCAUGUUAUGUUAGAUUAAACAUACUAUCAGGGUAUUUCUUGGGUAGCAGAUUUUAUAAAUGACAGAAUUUAGAAUGCAACAUUUGAACACCAUUUCAAGUCGAUAAAGCUAAAACAUUUAAAGUGCCUAUUUUUCAGGUCGCACAAUAUUUAGAACAAAUGUUGCUUAUUAAAGAUACCUUAAAAGACUUCUUAAUGCAAUUAUCCACUUGAAAUUUAAUGUUAUAUUUAUGCUAACUUCAAGUGUGCAAAAGAGCCCAAGAUUAACUUCUUUGUCAAGUUUUAUUCAUUCCAGAAUUGUUCUAUUCUGUUUAUAAAAAUAGAUAAGUUACGAGUUGUGAAGCUUUAUGGGACAAAGUCUCCACAUUUUGCAUAAAGUUUCCCAUUGAGUGCUUUAUCAGACUGACACUAUGACCUGAGCAGAAAAUAAUAGAAUAGGCUUCACUGUGUGCUAUUCUGUGUUCUUUCAUCUUGUGACCACAUGAACUUAAGCCUGACCUUUUGUUUUCUGCUUGAAUCAUGGUAUAAAGUAAAUGUAAACAACAAUGGAGGUGGCUCCAUAUAUUUCACUGUCUAGUCAGGGGGGAGGGUGUGCUACUUGUGCAAUUAUAUACUACAUAUACUCUGUAGUGCAUUGCCAUAUGGAUUUCUUGUAAUUUUUUAUUGCUGCAGUUCAUAUCUUCA